AUGGCCCUGGUGACCCGUCGAAACACGAAGAAGACCUUGAAACCAGGCAGUCCCUUCUCUAUGACAACGUCGUGUUACCCCCUCCGGGCGCUGUAUCAUGCAUACAAGGAUGACUGGGAAAUCCAGGGAAUCCCCAACUUGGAAGUUUCCAGCUCUCCAAAGGUGCAUCAGACAGAACACCCAUCCCUUUCAAAAUCUGCCCGUCGUUCCCAAUUCACCGUCGCUAUUUUCUGUGCGUUAACCUUGGAAGCAGACGCCGUCAAUGAGGUUUUUGAGGAGAUUUGGGAUGAGGAACACGAGAACUACGGCAGAGCAGCCGGAGAUCACAACACGUACACCCUGGGCAAAAUCUUUCGCCAUAAUGUCGUUCUCGUCCAUAUGGCUGGCAUGGGGAAAGGCGCCGCAUCACAGGCAGCCUCGAGUAUACGAUUUAGCUAUCCGGAAAUCAAGCUUGCGCUUGUGGUUGGAAUAUGCGGGGGUGUUCCAUCAUAUUUAGACGGCAAGGAUGACAUCAUCUUGGGAGAUGUUAUGAUCAGUGAUGGGAUCGUCCAAUAUGACUUCGGGAGACAAUUUCCCGAUACCUUUUUGAGCAAAGCGGGACCAGAGGUUGUUGCUCGACCUCGCCCCGAAAUUCGGGGCAUGUUGGCGAAACUGAAGGGGAUGCAAGGGCAAAAACGCCUGGAAACAAAGCUUUGUCAAUACCUCAGAGUGUUGCAGGAUAGGCUUGGCCCCAAAAGAGCUGGCUACCCAGGCAUCGACAAAGACGAGCUGUUCUGCUCUACAUACCAACACAAGCAUCGAAAUAGAGCAGCAUGCAAAAUAUGCAGUGCCUGUGGAGGUGGCACAGAAUCAGUAUGCAAAGAGGCGCGAGAACUAACUUGCCAACAGCUUGGAUGCCAGAAGGGGCUGCUGGUCCCACGCAAACGAUUACAGGAAGCAUCAAUGAGGGGUCGCCCUCCAGAAGCCAAAGUCCGCUUCGGUUUUGUUGGCUCUGGAGAUACAGUCAUGAAAUCUGGCCAACAUCGUGAUGAAAUUGCGACGCGACAUAAUCUUAUCGCUUUGGAAAUGGAGGCUUCGGGAGUUUGGGAUAAUUUGCCGUGCCUUGUCAUCAAAGGCGUGUGCGAUUAUGCCGAUAGCCAUAAGAAUAAAUAUUGGCAAAACUAUGCUGCUGCUACAGCUGCAGCCUGCAUGAAGGCUGUAUUGGAGGAAUAUGUGGUAUGA